GGACAGUCUUGAGGUUAGAGUUGAUAGUAUGUCAGUGUGGUCGCGCAGCUUUGCAAUUUUUGGCGGGUCACUGGUGGUCAACAUGGUUAAAAGUCGUGGCAUGUUGUUUAAUAGUUCAAUCUUUGAUCUUCCGCUGGAUAAAUGGUUGUAUGCAAACACGCUCUAAGGGUCUACCUUUAGAGCCUAUCGAUCUUGAGAUCGAAGCAUCCAACAGAAGGAGAAACGCUUUGAAGAGGCUAAAUCAACGGAUCCGAGUUUCUUUUCCGAUCCAGAGACGAUCACCUUCACCAGUUCAAGAAUCACCAUCACCUACACCGUCACCAGUUCACUCUCCUAUUCAGUUUGAGCCAUAUCCUCCUAUUCUGAUGGAGGAAGGAAACGAGAACAGAAACGGGAAUAAUGGUCCACCACCACCUCCUCCAACGGAUGCUCAGCUUCAAGAGCAACUCGCAGCAUUGCAAUGGCGGUUAGAUCAAGGGCAAAAUGGGAUACCAGUGCAGAAUAUGUUUACCUAUCAUGGGGUAGAAAAUCCACCAGUUGACAACAACGUGAAUGCUAACAAUUUUGAGCUCGGGAGAGGACUCAUUCAGAUGGCUGAGAACAGUGCUUUUAGAGGCCGACCCACGGAGGAUCCUAACAAGCAUAUCACCAAGUUUAUCCAGAUCUGCAACACGACGAAAAUAAAUGGAGCCACAGAUGAACAGAUCAGAUUGAAGGUGUUUCCUUUUUCUCUAGAGGAUUAUGCCCGGGAUUGGUUGGAGAGUAUGGAGCCCAACUCCAUUCACACGUGGGAUGCCGUGGUGGAGAAAUUCUUAGCAAAAUACUAUCCCCCAAGUGAAGCUUUGAAGAGGCAGUCAGCGAUUCUAGCGUUUGAAAUGACUCCUCAAGAGAGUAUCCGAGGAGCUUGGGAAAGGUUCUAGAGUCUAUUGAAGCGGUGUCCUAAUCAUAGUCUAAGCCAAACACAUCAAAUCCUUGCAUUCUAUAAGGGGUGUUUGCCUGAAGCAAAGAGCGAGCUAAAUUGGAGCGCUGGGGGAUCACUGCUAAAGAUCAGUGAAGCGACAACAAUGGAAGUGAUCGAGAGAGUAACCUCGAAUGAUAAAGGUUGGAACAACUAGAGAAGCAAGGUGCAUAGAGUAGCUUCUGCAUCAGAGAGCAAUCAAAUGGAUAGUAUGUCCAAGCAGAUGGAGUUCAUUCACAAGAAGUUAGAUCUCAUGCGGUUAAGCCCGAUGGUGCAGGAGUAUCAAGAGGGUGUAGAUGAUGUCAACUACAUACACCAAGUGGACAAUAAAUACUAUAACAACUCCUGCACCAACCAAGGGGGUGGUGUUAGGAUUGGUAUACUGAAAAGCAUAUUUCGAGCAUGUUGCACGGAUAGAAUUGCUUGUAUACAAUAAACUCUACAAUCCACUUUUAUCCCAAGGCGAGAAGAAGUAAUUUUGUCGCAUUG